AUGAAUGUUAUAUUUAUUAUUUGUUUAGUUUAUCUAGCGGCUGAAACGAUUUCAGCUGAAUUAUACUGUUAUUCAUGUUCAAGUGCUCAGUCAGGUUGCGGUGAUCCAAUCGAUGUAAGAUUAAUGCAUUGGAAAAAAUGUUCCGGUCGAACAUUGAUCGAAAAUUAUUGUGUAAAAUUAAUUGAAAAAGUUCAAGAUCAAACUACUGUUACUCGUGGUUGUUUAAGUGAUCUUAUCAUGAAUACACAAUAUCGUUUAGAUAUGCCACAACUUCGUCGUCAUGGUUACUGUGUAAAUUCUCGUGAUUAUCAACAUUAUUUAUUAGGAGUAUUAAAAGGUAAAACAUUAGUCGAUACAGCAAUGGGAUUAUUUAGUGAUGAAAAUAUGAAUUUUAAACGUUUUUGUUAUUGUAAUGAUUUUAAUGGUUGUAAUCAUGUAAAUAAAUUGAAAGUUUCAAUGAUUUUAAUUGGCUGCGUUACAACUAUCUCGAUAUUCUUGUGGAUAAAUUGA